AAUGAAGGCCUGCUGGGAACUCCAUUAAGAAGAAGAACAAGCUGAAGUCCAGGCCUGGGCUGGGGAAACCCUCUACAGAUUUCCCAAGAGUCCAGAUCCAGAGUCUUCAGGACAUGGAGUUCAACUGGUGGACCCCUCAUGCGCAGACAAAGGCAUGACCGUGUCACCUCGGACCCCCUGGUCUCCUCGGGAAUGAAGGUUGUUGCCAUUGCCAGUCUCCUCAUCUUCGUCUCCUGCUUGACGGCCCCCACCCACUGCAGCUUUUGGCAGUUUCAGAGGAUGGUCAAACGCGUCACAGGGCGGAGUGCCUUCUUCUCGUAUUACGGAUACGGCUGCUACUGUGGGCUGGGGGGCAAAGGGGUCCCCGUGGAUGACACUGACAGAUGCUGCCUGGCACACGACUGCUGCUACGAGAAGCUGAAGGAGUUUGGCUGCCAGCCUGUGUUGAACAGCUACCAGUUCCACAUCAUCAACAGAACGGUGGUCUGUGGAUGUGCCCUUGGUCCUGGCGUCGGCUGCCUCUGCGGGCGGAAGGCCUGUGAGUGUGACAAGCAAUCUGUGUACUGUUUCAGAGAGAGCCUGCCCACCUACGAGAAAAACUUCAAGCAGUUCUUCUCCAGCCGGCCCCGCUGUGGCAGCCAUAGACCCCAGUGCUAGGGAGGUCACAGGCCCCUUGUCCUUCAGUAUCUGCUUAGUGUCAUCUCCAGCAGGCUCCAGUUCUUCCCCCAGGAGAGAGAACAAAACAUCUCCCCCGAGAGCAGCGUCUUAAGCAUUCUGGCCUAGGAUGCUCCAUGUCAUUCAGCACCUGAGGACUGAAGGUCAGAAAUGAAAAAGACAAAAUCCCUGUCCUGAAGGAGCUUGCAUUCUAUGACGGGGGGCACACUACCCAAAGUGUGUGUGUGUGUAUGAUACAUUCAGUUAGUAGUAAGUGCUAUGAAGCAGUAAAGCCAAGGGACAGGGUAGAGAGAUACUUCCAACUCACCAUCUGAGGAAGUUUCCAGGAGGGGAGAGGCCCCAGAAUGGACCCCAGACUCUCCCUCCACUCCCACCCCCAAAUCAGGAUGCAGGGCAGACUUGGGAACCAGGCCCACCACCCAGAUCUAGCUGGAAACAAAGCAGAGGUCCUGGAAAAUGAGGUCUAUACCCACACUGAGGGCUGAGGGCACAUUUGCAGUUGGCUCUCAUUUGCUCAAGUUCUGCCCUCAGGCAGGAAAAAAUGAAUGCCAUUUUCAGGUCUCAGGAGAACUUUAGCACCCCACUGCUGCCAUGCGAAUGUCAUGGCCAGGAAGACGUCAAAGAAAUGGAGAAAGACAGUAUGGGAGAGGGAAUCAGAGGUGUGCAGAAUUUCCACCCAAAUUUAGAAGCCUCUGGUUACAUCAGACUUAAAUUCUAAUAAAUAUUAAAGUGAUCUAAUCUGGGUGAAUUCUGAUGUUUGUAUAGCCCGACUGGCAUGGUAGAUUGAAAAAAUGGGCACAAUUGUUCCUCCUUCCUGCAUCCUUACCUUUCAUGUUAUAAUGCUUGGCCUUUCCUACCAAGAGGAGGAGUCUGUUUUCCCCACCCAUGAAUCUGAACUGGCCUUGUGACUCACUUUGGUCGGCAGAAUGUAGUGGAAGUGAUGGUCCACAAGUUCCAGGUCCAGGCCUCAGGAGGUCUGGGCACUUCCACUCUCUCUCAGGACACCUGCCUCUACCACGAGGAAAAGCCUACAUUAGCCUGCUGGAGGACAAGACCCCCCCAGAUCAGAGCUGCCAGCCCAGGUGUCUCAGCUGAGACUUUGGAUGCACAUAGAAGCUCAGCGAAGAUCAGCAAAGCUGACUCAGGGCCGACCACAGACACGUGAGAGAACCUGGCUGACCCAAUGGCUGCCAGGCUGCGCCCAGGCUAACCUGGAAACCUGCAGGACUAUGAGCUAAAUAAAGGCUGCUGUUUUAAGUCACUAA